AUGUCAAUCUCGCUCCAAAACACUUAUGGUGGUGUUCCUUGCACCGAAAGAGGUCGUUCAACCUUCGUCUCUGCUGCUCCAUCAAAAUUCCCAAACAAAUUCACUUAUGGAUCUGGUAAUUUUGUUCUCAUCAGAGAUUUGAACAAUCAAUUGGACAUUGAUUACUAUACUCAACACACCCAUAAGGUCAAUGUUGCCAAGUACUCCCCAACUGGUUACUAUAUUGCUUCUGGUGAUGAUGCUGGUAACGUUCGUGUUUGGAGCACUGAGAAUGUUGACAAGACACUCAAGUUGGAGAAGCGUGUCUUAUCAAAGAGCGUUCGUGAUUUGGCAUGGACAGGAGAUUCACAACGUUUGGUGGUUGUUGGAGAUGGUAAACAAGAAUACGGAGCUGUCUUUGCUUAUGACAUGGGUACCAACACUGGUGAAAUUUCUGGACACUCCAAGGAAGUUCUUUCUUGUGAUAGUCGUCCUGAAAGGCCUUUCAGAAUUGCAACUGGAGGUGCUGAUUUAUCGUUGAACUUUUACACUGGCCCACCAUUCAAGUUUUCGCACUCGAAUAAGGAUCACGAACGUUUUAUUAACUGUAUUCGUUAUGCUCCUGAUGGAAGUACUUUUGCUUCAUGCGGUUCUGAUAAGAAGGUUCUUAUUUUUGAGGGUAAGACUGGUGAAAAACUAGGAGAAUUAUCCCAAACAAAUAACCACAAAUUGUCAAUUUAUGGAUUGGCUUAUUUGGACAACAAGCAAAUUGUUACUGCUUCUGGUGACAAGACUGUCAAAUUGUGGAAUGUUGAUACAAAGGAAUGUGUCUCAACUGUUACUAUUGGUGACAGUACUGGUGACAUUCAAGUUGGUGUUUCAGUUAUUGGUGGUUAUCCUGUUUCACUUUCCUUGAACGGCGAUUUGAACAUUCUCUCCAAGGACUGUACUAAGGUUGAAAGAAAGAUUUAUGGUCACAAUGCUCGUGUGAAUAAGGUUGUUGUUGACAAGAAGUCUGGUGGUAGAUACUUUUACACUUGCUCUACUAGUGGUCAAUUAAUCAAAUGGGAAGCAGGUGUUGGAAGCGUUGCCAAAGUUAAGGGUGAAGGACAUGGAGAGGCUACUAUUAACACUAUGGCUAUUGUCGGAAACAAGUUGGUCACUGCAGCUCAAAACAAUGAAGUAUUUUUCACAGAUCUUUCCACAUUUGCAUACGAAGGAUCAGCAAUUACCUUGUCUGGCUCUCCAAAUGACAUUGCUGCCUCUGCUGAUGGCAAAUUGAUUGCAAUUUCUACUCACGUUGGUGCUACUUUACUCAGCGCUGAAGGAAAGGUUUUGUCAGAAGUCAAGAUUGAAAAGGAUCCACAAUCCAUUUCUAUUAAGCCCGACGGUACUGAAAUUGCUGUUGGUUGUAAGGAUAAGAAGGUCCGUGUGUAUAAGAUUUCCGGACAAAAAAUUGUUGACAGCCCAGCGGAAUAUGCUGAAAACACUGCCAAGAUUCAAAAAGUUUCAUACUCUCCUGAUGGAUCUCUUUUAGCAUCUGGUGACAGUAAUUUUGAUGUUGUUGUCUAUGAUACUGCAACAUGGAAGGCCAAGUAUAGUAACAUGACUUAUCACUCUGCUGCAGUGGUUGACAUUGACUGGAGCGACGAUGGAAAGUACAUGCUUACUGCUUCAUUGGAUAAGAACUUGAUUGUGUGGGAUCUUGCAGCUGGUAAGAGAAUCAAGACUGAUAUGGCUCACCAAACUGGUGUUUCUGCUUGCGCCUUCCUUGAUUCUGAAUCAUUUGUUUCUGCAGGAGAGGACUUUAUGUGCAAGACAUGGAAGUUUAAAUUCUAA